GGGGCCUCUGUGGGCUAAGAAUGCCCUGUGUGAUGUCACUGGACUCUGAGAGGCAGUCCGUGGUGGCAAGCUGAACACUCAGAAUGACCCAGCACCAUCUAGAAAAAGUACAUCUUUUCAUCAUUCACAGACCCGAUUUCACUGAUGACCACUUGGCAAAUGACUUGCUGUCAAAGCUGCCAGAGUGGGAACCUCAUUAACAGGACAACUGGAAUUUAAAAAUAUGAACUCCACAAUGAAGAACAUCAUAGCUCAGUGUGUCGUCUGUGGAUCCCUGGCCAUCGGGCUCUGGACAGCUCUGUUAAUUGCCUAUUUCCACUACGAUCAAGAGAACGAACAGCUGAGGAAAACCCAGGAACUCAUAAGGGCUAAUUCAGUUAGAAAAAAUGUGCGCCAGCAAAACCAUGUCUCAAAGAAAACCCCCAAACAGAAUACUUCUAAUGAUACGAUUGACUUUUCAGCCCCAGAAUUUUACAAAGAAUUUCAACAAUAUGGACUUAAUGCUGUUAUCAGCAGAAGACUGGGCAUCAGGAGAGAGGUGCCAGAUUCCAGGGAUAAAAUAUGUCAUCAGAAACACUACCCAGCCUAUCUCCCCGCCGCCAGCAUCAUCAUAUGUUUUUAUAAUGAGGAAUUUAACACCUUGCUCCGGACAGUGUCCAGUGUGAUGAACCUCACCCCACACCGUUUCCUUGAGGAAAUAAUUUUGGUUGAUGACAUGAGUGAAAUUGAUGAUUUGAAAGAAAAAUUGGACUAUCAGCUUGAACUCUUUCGCGGAAAGAUUAAAUUAGUAAGAAACAAAAAGAGAGAGGGUCUCAUUAGGUCAAGGAUGAUCGGCGCCUCCCGUGCUUCAGGAGACAUCCUGGUGUUCUUGGAUAGCCACUGUGAGGUGAAUACAGUCUGGCUCGAGCCCUUGCUGCAUGCCAUUGCUAAGGACCACAAAAUGGUGGUGUGCCCUGUGAUUGAUGUCAUUGAUGACAUGACACUGGACUAUAGAGCAGCACCUAUUGUAAGGGGAGCUUUUGACUGGAACCUGAAUUUUAGAUGGGACAACAUUUUCUCAUAUGAGCUCAACGGCCCAGAAGGACCAAGCAAACCCAUCCGGUCACCUGCAAUGGCAGGAGGAAUUUUUGCUAUAGACAGACAUUAUUUUAAUGAACUCGGACAGUAUGACAAGGACAUGAAUCUUUGGGGAGGAGAAAAUGUGGAACUUUCACUAAGAAUUUGGAUGUGUGGAGGCCAACUCUUGAUACUUCCUUGCUCUCGGGUUGGACAUAUCAGUAAGGCACAGAAUCUCAAUAAGCCUGCACUCGAGAAAGCCUUGUCGUGGAACUUACUGCGAGUGGUUCAUGUCUGGCUGGACGAAUACAAGGACAACUUUUUUUUUCAAAGACCUUCUUUGAAAUAUGCAUCCUAUGGAAACAUCAGCGAGCGUGUUGAAUUAAGGAAACGACUGGGUUGCAAGUCAUUCCAGUGGUAUUUGGAUAACAUCUUUCCCGAGCUGGAGCCAUUUAUACACACUGAUAAAAAGAAACGAAACAAUUUUCUUUAAUGAAGGGUGAACAAGUCCCCUCGCUCUUCAACAUAUUGGCACCACAGGACAAAUGUGGAACACCAUGGAGCUGUGUGAAAUACAAUGAGAAAUACAAUCAGAGUGGCCAGUCUCUCGAGUGCCUUUCUUCACCUCUAAUGACAGUUCCCCCUUUGUUGCCCAUCUGCCAUCGAAGUUCUGGGGAGAAGGACCUUUACAAUAGAAACGUAAGCUCUCUCAUGGUUAGGUUGCUGGUAUAUGAUUGACCCAGAUAAAAUAUAUUGAUGAUGAUUAUCUGACCACUUCACUUGGCUGUGAUGGUCCACAGGCGUCUGCUCUGCUCUUGAGGAACUUCACCAGUCUCAUGGGCUGGCAUGAUUGCCUUAGGAAAAUGUUCACAGAGAGCCAUGACUGAUGUACAGUGGCUGAGUUGGAUCAAACUCCUUUCUUGUAGCCAGUGUAGAGUCUGGGGCUGCCGCCUGCUUGUUUGGGUUCCUAAGAGUGAUGUCCAAAUCACGUAGGCUUAAGUUCUCCAGGCAGGUUCCUCAUAUGUUCCUGAUGGCUGCUCUGUCCCGAGUCACUCUUCUUUUCUGCAUCUUUCAUGUCUGUCCUCAGUCCUGUGACCUACAGCUUUCUGGGUGCUUCUUGGAUUAUGUAUGCUCUAACCAACUCUUUUUUUUUAAUAUUUUUUUAAGAUUUUAUUUAUUUAUUAUGUAUACAACAUUCU